AUGGCUAUUUUUGAGAAGCUUUCGGGAUUGGCUCAACGAGCAAAAGAGCAUGGUAUAUCGAAAUCCGUCAUUGCAAAGGACAAGCGCUUAGAACAAUCACUGUCAACGAACAUCACUCAGGACAAUGUCGCGCUGGCCCACAUGUCAACGUACGGCAUGCCCAAUCUCGCAUCGGCUAUUGCUUUUGAUCCUUGGACGGGUCUUUUAGCCGUUUGCGUGUCGGCCAAGAUCCCUUUACCAAGUAAUACGCCCGUUAAAUAUAUGCAUUUCAAGAUGGGCUGCCCUUUGCUUAUCGUGAUUGAUCGCAAAAAUACAAUUAUCACGAUCGACCUGAAAACGAAACGUGUGCACCACGUCGUGCCUGUGGAAGCGAUCGUCACCAGUUAUGAAUAUUGUGUCGGUACUGACUGGCUUUGUCUUGGCUUAGUGGAUGGCCGUGUCCAAUUCUUUGACGUGGAGUUGGGGAUCUUUGCCGAUUAUCAAACACCGAACUUGAUGCUUCCCGAAAAUCAACCAGCCGCAGCCGAUCCAACGACCGAAAAGUUCAAAUCGCAAAGUAUCGUGGUGUGCCUUCAGAUCCAUCCUACCGAUCUCCAUCUUUUGCUGGUGGGAUACGAGACUGCCGUUUUUUUGUGGGAUCUGCGAGAGCGGGCGGUGAAACGCGUGUUUUCCUUUGAACCCGGUGAGAUCGAAAUCCGAUUAACCUGUGUGAUCUGGAGUCCAUCCGGUCAUCGCUUCAUGGCAGGUUACGACGACGGGUCGCUGCGGCUGUGGGAUAUGCGAUCGCCGCGUCAGCCCCUCACCUCUCGAAAAUUGCUUCCAACGAGUGGAUCAACCGACGACAAUGUGCCUAUUUAUCGCCUUGCGUGGUACGUCGAUACCUCACUUGAUAGUUCCUAUUUGCUGGUGGCAGGUGGCUCCCGGGACUUUCUCGGUCUCCAUUCACUGGAAUUUGAUUUGGAACAAGAUGGCCAGGAAGCACAAAAACAGUCGUUCAUUUGCUCGUCCAACGAAGUCGACGACUUUAUCAUGUUGAGCCGGGAUGCGUAUUUUCUGGGAAUGCGGGACCCCUACGGUGUCCUUAUCCUUUCCUGCGACGGCUCCGUCCGAGGUUUUACAUUCGAUCACAGUUAUUCUUCGCUCUUGUUACCAGCGCCUUUGGAAAUGCUCAUCCCGCCCGUGCUGUUUGCGCGUCAUAUUCCCAUGCUACCUGAAGAGUCUUUCAGAACCCUUACCAGUGUUGUCGACCCUCACGUGAAAUACUUACCACUCACUGGCGGCAGCGCAGGAAGAGACCAUGUGUAUCGGAUUCCUUCCAACGAUCUGUUGACGACGAUCCACGUGGGUGAAAUCAUCAAAUUCUGGGAUGCUUCUUUUACUGCCUUAAAACCUCUGCCUUAUUUAACCAUCGAUACCAAAGCGGCUUUAGCCAACACCAAGGCGCAUAUCCAGUGCAUCAAUCUCAACCAAUGGACCAACGACUUUUCCGUUGGUUUCGAUAAUGGCACCAUUUUUGUAUACCAAUUCCACUUGGUUGAGAACCAACAGCACGAACCCGCGCAUAACGAUGCUUUUCUAGCCAGUUGUGAUGAUACCCUCAAAGAAUUAGGCGACUUGUUGCAGGAAAUGGAAGCCCCCUUGGAGGACGAUUCGCAGACGGAUGAACUACAGCAGAACAAUGUUGCGCCGUCUGCAGACAAUCCACUGAACGAACCUGAGCAAUCAGGGACGGCCAAUACUCCCGAAGAAGCCUCCGACCUUCUCCAUACCAUUCACAUAUCCCACAUUGAUUCCCCGCAUCGCGCACCGGGUUACUACCCUAAACUCAAGAUACAAACAGACGGAGAUUCCAUUACUCACUUGACCAGCUAUCGAGCUCACCUGUAA